AUGCAAGAAGAUCGUGAGAACGCCGAAAAUGUGAGUGGUAUUAAACCGCCAAAAUACUUUUGUACCAACUCAGAAAAUGUCGCCGUCAAUUGGAAUCUUUGGUUACAACAGUGGGAUUGGUAUGCUACUGCAACCAAUAUGCAUAAAAAGAAGCCUGAAGUACAGGUAGCUGUUUUUAUGACCAGUAUAGGACCGGAAGCGGCUGUCAUUUUUAAUACAUUCGGGCUUACACAAAGUCAAAGCACGUGCCUAAAAACAAUUAAGGGAAAGUUCACAGCGUAUUUUACACCAAAAGUAAAUGAAACUUAUGAAAGGUAUAUGUUCAACUUAAUUGUACAAAGGGAAAAUCAGCCAGUGGACGAAUUCAUCACGAACCUAAAAAAUAAAAUAAAAAAUUGUGGUUAUGGCAAUAUUGAGGAAAGUAUAAUAAGAGACAGAAUAGUAAUGGGCAUAAAAAGUGAUAGCACACGCGAAAAAUUACUAGCUGAAAGUGACCUAACGUUACAAAAAACUAUAGACAUUUGCCAUUCUGCAGAGCAAGUUAAGAUGCAGGUGAAUUCCAUGAAGCAAGCAGUAAUAGUAGAAGCCGUAACCUGGAACAAAAAUAAAACAAAAUUAGCAAAUAAACAAGGAAAAAAUAUGGAAGAAAAAUUUCAUUGUGGGAGGUGCGAUACUGAACAUGGAAGAAAAGAAUGUCCAGCCUUCAGAAAGAUUUGUAAGAUUUGUAAUAAAAGAAAUCAUUUCUCUAAAUGCUGUAAAACUAAAAAAGUUGAAUCGGUAGAAAGAAAUAAUUAUAGUGACAGUUCAGAAGAAGAAAUAAACGAAACAUUUCAUGUAUUUUCUUUAAACUCGGAGUGCCUAGACACAGAGGACUGGUUUGAAGAAGCAAGCUUGCCCAGAGAUACUACUGUAAAAUUUAAAUUAGAUUCAGGAGCUCAAUGCAACGUCAUUACAAAAAAAAUUGUGGAGAAAACUAAAGUGCAAAUAAAAACAUCAACAAUUAAAUGCCUCACUUCAUACACAAACCACACAUUGCCAGUAGUGGGAGAAAGGAUAGAAGCCUUAACUAAAGAAGAAGAACAGGAUCUAUUUGAAGGUAUGGGAUGUCUUAAACAAUUUAAAUAUGAUAUAGAUAUAAUUGAUAGUCCUAAAUUACCUAUAUGCCCUGCGAGAAAAGUUCCUUAUAUCAUAAGAGACACUGUGAAAAAAGAAUUGGAUAGUAUGGUUGCACAAAAAGUUAUUAAACCAGUGACUAAACCAACACCAGCAGUCUCACCAAUGGUGGUAGUAAGGAAAAAUAAUAAAAUUAGACUGUGCAUAGAUCCUUCUGAAAUAAAUAAAAAUUUAAAAAGAAGGCAUUAUCCAUUAAACACUGUUGAGGAAAUAAUCGCUCGUAUUUAUGGGUCUAAAUGGUUCACUCUACUGGAUUGUAAAAGAGGAUUUUGGCAAUUACAGGUAACAAAAAGGACCUCGGAGUAUCUUACCUUCAGUACCCCCUUUGGGAGGUACUCUUGUUUGAGGAUGCCGUUUGGCCUUGCAUCUGCACCGGAAGUGUUCCAACAGGUGAUGAAUCAUCUGCUUACGGGCAUAAGUAAUGUAGAAGUAUCAAUGGAUGAUAUACUUCUCCAUGCAGAUACUAAGGAAAAACUGGAAAAAAUAACUCAAAAGGUAUUACAAAAGUUCAGAAACUCCGGAUUGAAAUUAAACAAGGAAAAAUGUAUUUUUAACGUACAAGAAGUAAAAUUUCUAGGCCACAUAGUUACAUGUCAAGGAUUAAGGCCAGAUCCAGAGAAAUUAGAAGCCAUAAGUAAAAUUAAAGAGCCCCAAAAUGUAAAAGAAUUACAAAGAUUUUUAGGACUAGUUACUUACCUAUCCAAAUUCAUUAAAAAUUUAGCAGAUAUAACAGGUCCAUUGAGAGUACUACUCCAAAAAGAAGUAGCCUGGUACUGGAAUCAUGAGCAAGAGGCAUCAUUCCUGAAAUUAAAAGAAUUAUUAAAAACACCACCUGUGCUUGGAUAUUAUAACCCAAAAGCUCCAAUCAUACUUUCAGUAGACGCCAGUAGUUAUGCUUGUGGUGGAGUACUAAUUCAAGAAGGCAAACCCAUAGCCUACUGUGCAAAGUCAUUUACUAAAACUGAACAGGGUUACAGCCAAUUAGAAAAGGAAGCCUUGGCCAUACUUGUAGCUUGCAAGAAAUUUCAUAGCUACAUCUGGGGAUGUAAGGAUCUAACUAUUGAAAGUGAUCAUAAACCUUUGGAAACAAUAUUUAAAAAGGCUCUAGUAGAAGCACCUCCCAGACUACAGAGAAUCUGCUAUCAAAUACUACCAUAUAACCCAAAGGUAAUAUAUAAAAAAGGCAGUUGGCCAGAAAAAAUAGAAUAUUUAAAAGAUAAUUUAAGAAGAUAUUGGUAUUACCGUGAAAGCUUAAGCAUCAACAAUGACAUAAUUUUCAAAAAUGACAGAGUCCUAGUACCAAGAUCCAUGGUACCAGUGGUACUCAAAUAUUGCCAUUUAAGCCAUAAAGGUAUUCAAGGCACCCUACAACUAGCAAGAGAUAAUGUGUUUUGGCCAGACAUGACUCGUGACAUCACAAAUUAUGUGAAAGAUUGUCGAGCAUGCAAUAAAGUUCAAAAGGAUAAUCCUAUGGAACCUAUACUGCUGCAGGAUGUACCUCAAAGACCAUGGAGCAUCGUGGCAACAGAUCUUUUUCACCUGAGAGGAAAAGACUACUUACUUAUUGCUGAUGCUUAUUCUGGAUACUUUGACUUCAAGCAACUAACACAAAUCACUAGUACAGCAAUUAUAGGAGUAUUAAAAUCAUGGUUCGCAAACUUUGGAAUCCCUGACAUAUUACAAUCAGACGGUGGAAAGCAAUAUGAUUGUGAAGAGUUUAAACAGUUCAAAAACAUGUGGAAAUUUGAGCAUAGAAUUUCAAGUCCACAUUUUGCUAGAUCUAAUGGACUUGCAGAAAGAUAUGUUCAAGAGGCAAAAAAUUUGUUGAAGAAAUGUCAAGAAGACAAUACAGACAUUUAUUUGGCUCUAUUACACCACCGGAACACUCCUAGAUUAGAUUUAGGCUCACCAUGUCAACGCUUAAUGAAUAGAAGAACUAAAACAUUGUUACCAACAAAUCAGAAAUUGUUUAAUUCCAAAGUAAUAAAAAAUAUAAAUAAACAAUUAAGAAAUAUAAAGAACACGGAAAAGAAGGAAGCUGACAAAGGGAAAAAGGAUAAUAAACAGUUUACAAGUGGUGAACAAGUGUGGCUAAGAAAAGAUCAUCAGAACUGGAUACCAGCAAAAAUAGUAACCCCUGUAUCAGAUGGACCACGAUCUUAUAUUGUGCAAACAGAAGAUGGAGGAACAUAUCGUCGAAAUGCAUGGCACUUAAAACAAGCCGCUAUAUCGAGCUCAACAGAAGUCGAGCAUAAUAACAAUCUUUUGUCCACAGCAGAAACAGAAACCAGUCCAACAGUAGAACAGCCUUCAUCAAGUGUAGAGACUUCCAAUCAGAGCCGAACCAAUGAAGAGCCGCAACCAGCUCUACCACCAGCAGCUCCUGCAAGCCAACCAAUUCAAACCCGCAGCGGUCGCUUAGUAGUGCCCCCCAGGCGCUACCGCUGA